CGGGGGCACCUGGCCCGCCCGCCUGCUGCACGCCUGCAUGUGCACCCCUUGCUCCAGGGACCAGGGAGGCCAUGUGACGAUGCUCAGGAAGUGCGGGACAGCCCCACCCUGCCCUCGCCAGAGCCAGGUAAGCAGACAUAAAUGCCUGGAAAGGAAAAAAAUGGCGCAGCGCAGCCCCAUCUUCCCGACACUCGGCCCCACUGAAAGACGCAUCCGGAACAUCCCCCUCCACAGCCAGGCUCUGACUGCCGUUCCUCUCGGGUCAGCCAGGCUGGUGGACCAGCUCGAAGACCGCAUCCUCAGCCAUGAGAAGACGACGGCCGCACUGGUGGAGCACGCUUUCCGCAUCAAGGAGGACAUCGUGUCCACGCUGCACAGGAUGCAGAACAAAGGGGGAGGGGACCGCCUGGCCAGGCAGCUCCUGGAAGAGCACAUCCGGAACAUCACCGCCAUCGUCCGGCAGCUGAACCGCGACAUUGAGGUUCUGCAGGAGCAGAUACGAGUCAGGGACAACCUUAGCUACGGCACGAACUCGACCUUGAAGAGCCUGGAGAUGCGCCAGUUGUCUGGCCUGGGCGACCUCAGAGGCCGCGUUGCAAGGUGUGAUGCUGGGCUAGCCAGGUUGUCUGCUGAGCACAAGGUGACCUAUGAACGACUGCAGAACCUCAGCAAAGACCAGCAGGCAUCUAAACUGAUCUUGGAGUCUAAAAUCAAAGAAGCAGAAAUACAGAUUUCUCACCUUUUAAGCCGAAUAGAGCAGUCCAUCAUGCAACAAGAAGCCAAGCUGAAGGUCUCUUACAAGGAGAGCAGCCAACAGCUCCACCUCCUGGACACAAAAUUACAAGACACCAUUGAUUACCUCAGUAACCAGAUCUCAUCCAAUCGGAGCUGGAUGGAGCAGGAGCAGGAACGGAUUCAGAAAGAUUUCCAGGAGAAGAUGGAUCAUCUGUCUUUGGCCAUUAAAGAAAAAAGUGAAAGGGAUGACCAAGCCACCGAGAUGCGAUUCAGCGAGCUCCACGGGAAACUCGAUAAAAUGGAAGGCGCACAAAAAAUCACAGCGGAAGAACUGGCGGCAAAGCAGGUGGAAGAAAGGCUCAGUGGUCAGCUGAACAAAUUCCAGGUGGACGUUAACGAAGAUAUAAAAGAAGUGAAGGCGGAACUAAACACAGGAUUUGCUGCCAUCUACGAGAGCAUCGGAUCCUUGCGGCAGGUUCUUGAAACAAAGAUGAAGCUGGAUAAGGAAGAACUUCAAAAGCAAAUUCAGCAAAUGAAGUAAGAGCUUGAACUGCCAGUCCUGGUUUCCAAGCCGAGAUCUGAGCGGAGGGCCAGGUGUGGAUGGAGCGGGAGUCUGCCUGGACCUGCCUUCGGGUCAGGGGCUCCGUUUAGUGUCUGGACCGAGUGACGUGCCUCCCUUUUGUGGAUCUGUACAGUUACUGUAGAUAGUCCAACCAAGGCUCUGUGAGUGAAACAAAUCCCUUUCCCCAGAAGACCUGGGGGGAAUCCCUGCCGUGGGACUCGGCUCGAAGCGCCGUUGACUUCGGAAGCAUCACCUCAGAUGCAGCAGGCCAGAGUUUUGUGUAGAGGCCUCAAAACACUGUGGGGUGAGCGCCUUGAAAGAGGCACGCUCGGUUACAUUGUUAAGCAACUUUUCAGAUUCGGAUCAGUUCAGUCCCAUUUACCACAACUGGGACAGAACUGAUUUAAAUUGGAGCACUUCUACCAAAUCAGUUUCUGCUGCGGGACAAACUGUCAACCUUUGGGAAGCCAACCGCCAACCUCUGCUGCUUGCUGGGGUGUGCCAAGCUCACUUCUUCUGCAAGAGGUCUACGUCCCUCUGGGCAUUUGGUUAGUCCUUCGGUUUUGCUGCUGGGUUUUCCUCUGCAGUCAACCAAAUUUGCCCCUUCCCGUAGGCUCCUCCCUCUUCCGUUGCACCCAGCCUUGGCUCCUCCCCUGACCUUCCCUUCUGGAUCCUUCAGCCCUUUCUGCCUUAGGAUCUUUGUCCUCCCCUUCUCUGGGUGUGCUGCCUGCCAUGCCCCUCUGUCAUAGUCGGGCAUCUCAGCCAGCCUCAGCCAGAGGCUUCCCAACCAUUGCCACAAAAUGCCCUUGUGUGACAACAGGAUUCUUACCAGAGUUUGUAUUAAAAGAAAGAUACAAGGACUCCACGGUCCCAAAAGCUCACAGUCUCAGGUACCCCUCAAGCCCCAUUCAAGCUCAGGGCUCCCCCCCACACACACACACAUGCCAUAGGAUUGUUCCUGCGCCUGCCCUUUCCAAGCCUAGCCCGGGUAUGUCACAACUGUGUGAGUAUCCAAGAUCAGCUGUUACUGGGGGAAUAGAGAUCUGACUUCCGGGCCAGUCAGGGCUUCAGAGGUAAGAAGCAGCUCUUUGAUUUUAUAAGCAGUGGCGUCAUGCUUUCCCACUGGAAUCAAUAGGGUUUAAAGUGCAUUACUUUGUCUCUGAGUAUUUCUAUAGUGGCCUGACCCGGAUAGCCCAGGCAAGCCCAUUCUCAUUAGAUCUCAGAAGUUAAGCAGAGUCAGCUGGGGUUAGUAAUGGGAAACCUCCAACGCAGGGUUGCUAUGCGGAGGCAGGCAAUAGACACCCACCCUGUUAGACUCCUGCCUUGAAAACCCCAGCAAGGGUCGCCAAAAACUAUGACCUGGUGGCACCCUCCACCACCAUUUCGACAGUAACUUUUGCAGCGCCUCCAACCAGGGUAGCAGAGGGCGAUGUACAGAUAGUUUAGCAAACAGCAUCUUCACAAAAUUAUGCUCUUUUUUCAUUUCACAACUCUUUCUCUGUGUGUGUGUGUGAUCAAGAUAGGAUUCUGUUUUGUAACACUCUAUGAUGUUACUGGAUAUUUCACAACAUUUCCUUCUGAUACUGGGGAAGAGAUGGGGCACAUGAGGAGAAGAGACCAGGCAUG